AUGCCCAAUAUCCCCCCUAUGCCCCCUAUCAACACCCAAAUAUCCCCUGCCCUCGAGGUCACUUCUUUGAUAGAUGAGGUGAAUAGACGAAUUGAUGCUUUGAGAACACCGGCGCCAAAGAACAUUCAGCCAAGCGAUGCAACACGCCAGGGGAACUCGAACAGUUCACUACCAGCAAGAAAGCGUCAUAGAAACGAGUCUCCAAGCCAAGCUUACGACAACUCAGACAACGUCUCGAAAAGCUCUUUCGAUCACUUGGCUAACCGUGUUCAUCGGUUGGAAAAUGCUGACACUGCCCGCAACAUUAUAUCGGAACGCCUGAUGGAACGUAUUGAGUCACUGGAAGUUAAGAACCUCACACUGAAGCAAAAAGUCGCCAGGUUGGAAGGCAAGAGCAACUGA